GUUCGAAGUUAAAACCAAACGAGAGAGACGUACCCAAAAUGAAACUAAUAGAAUCGAAAAUAUAUUCCACGGUAAUAUUAGCGGUAACUAGUUUAUUCGUGGGUGUAUUGCCGAAUUAUUUCGCGCGACAUGGGAGAAGUCAAUGGCCGCUACUUCUUUCGAAUUUGUUAUGUUUCGGCGGCGGUGUGUUGUUAUCCACUUCGUUGGUACACAUCUUACCAGAAUUAAGAGAAUCAGUACCGUACGAAUAUAAAGUGUACGCGGAAAUUAUUUAUUGUUUGGGUUUCUUCCUCAUAUAUUUAAUAGACGAAUUCGUCCAUUACGUUUAUGGCGAUUCCGAAGAAGUUAAUAUUCUACAUAACCACGGUCAUCGACAUCGACUAGCUACUACUAGACGACAUUCUGAUUCCGUUAAUAGGGAUGAAUGGCAACCCCUUUUACGAAACGAAAAUAAUUCGCCGUAUAAUCCGUCUUUUUAUAAAGCGAGAAGUGAUAGCGUGUUGUUUUGUGAAGAAGCUCCGUCGCAAUUGUGUCACGUGGGGCAUCGGGAACCUUGUAAUGCCGCCCCAACGGCUAAUUUGGGACUCAUAGCCGCCCUUUCUGUACACGCACUUCUCGAGGGAUUGGUCGUUGGACUCGAAACAAAACCCGAAAAGGUUCUAUUACUAUUAGGGGCUAUAGCUUCGCAUAAAUUAGUGAUUUCUUUUUGUUUGGGUAUAGAAUUAUCAUCGGCGUCGUCGAUUUCUAAUAUAAAACAUUUCUGUUAUAUUUUUAUAUUUUCUGUUGGAUCAGCGGCGGGUAUAUUAAUUGGAAUGUUUAUAUCUAAUAUACCAGGUAGUGUUCAAGAGAUCGUAAUACCAAUUUUACAGGGUCUCGCUGGGGGUACUUUAUUGUACGUUACAGUUAGUGAGGUACUUCCGAGAGAAAGAGCAAGAUGGCAUCAGCAACACGAAAGAAAAUCAGCCGGUAUUUUCCAGUUCUGUUCAGUUUUCGUUGGAUUCGUUCUAAUGACAAUUCUUAGUCAUUAUUUAGAUUACGACGAAUAAAUUCAAUUGAACAUAAUAAUAAAAGGAAUUAACAGAAAUAUAUAUUUUUCAUUUAAAAAUACUUAUAUUUUUUUUAUAAAAUAAGACAUUUUACAGAAUAAAUAUAUGGAAAUUCUCCACCAUCUUGUAUAAUUCCUUUCAUUUCUUCCUUACGUCAAACAUAACCUCAAAUUUCCCGAUUUCUACACCACAACAAUCACUUAUCACUACUACUGCUUUUCCACAACGAACAAUACACUUUGUUGUUUAUAUCUAUGUUUUCGUUCAUUAUUUUUCAACGAUAAUAAAAUGUAUAUUUUAACGUCAAAAAAAUACGAUAAAAAUAAA